AGUCCCGAUCCGGCUGGAUCUCUCCACGGCGUUCUUUUCAGCCCUGCCCUUUCGACUCAUCAGCCCUGCUGGGCGAGCAGGACACCCCACCAGCAGCAAUAGCAGCAGCGGCGGGCCCGGGCAAGAGCCGGAACUGCCUGUGCGCAGCAGCGCACGCCGGAGGGAGAGGAGCGCUUUGCCCGCCGCACCAGCAGCUGGGCCCGGUGGUGGGCAGGCCAGGCCGAGGCAAUGGCUCCUGCUGCGGGGGGGCUCCUGCGGAAGAAGGGCGCCGCAGCGGGGCUGAACCCGCUGGGGCUGCCGCCGCUCCUGCGGCGGGCCUGGCAGGACAAGCGGCUGCUGCUCUUUGAGCCGCAGUACACGCCGCUGGUGGCCGCCUGCCUUUGCCUGGCGGAGGUGGGCGUCUGUCACUGGGUCAUCCACAGGGUGGCAUAUACAGAGAUCGACUGGAAGGCCUACAUGGAUGAGGUGGAGGGAGUUGUCAAUGGGACCUUGGAUUACACCCAACUGAAGGGAGACACAGGCCCCCUGGUUUACCCCGCUGGCUUUGUUUACAUCUUCCUGGGCCUGUAUUAUGCCACUGGCCAUGGCACCAACCUCCGCCUGGCCCAGUACCUCUUUGCUGCCCUGUACCUCAUCACACUGCUGCUCGUCUUCCGUAUUUACAGCCGCACCAGUAAGGUCCCCCCCUAUGUUUUCUUCUUCAUGUGCUGCGCCUCCUACCGCAUCCACUCCAUCUUCAUCCUGCGCCUCUUCAAUGACCCCGUCGCCAUGGCAAUCCUUUUCCUAGCGGUCAACCUCUUCCUGGAGGAUCGCUGGGCCUGGGGCUGCUUCUGCUUCAGCCUGGCUGUAUCUGUUAAAAUGAAUAUCCUGCUCUUUGCGCCAGGCCUGCUCUACCUCCUCCUGCGGCGCUUUGGCCUGCUGGGUGCCAUCCCCAAGCUCACCAUUUGUGCAGCACUACAGGUCGCUCUGGGGAUGCCCUUCCUGCUGGUGAACCCAGUUGGGUACCUGACCCGCUCAUUCGACCUGGGCCGCCAGUUCCUCUUCAAGUGGACCGUGAACUGGCGAUUCUUGCCAGAGGAGGUUUUCCAGCACCGGGCGUUCCACAUGGCACUGCUGUUUGCCCACCUGACUGCCCUGGGACUCUUUGCACUCAAUCGGUGGCACAGGUCUGACGAAAGCAUUCUGUCGCUGCUGAAGGAUCCAGCAGAGAGGAAGAGCCCUGCCCGGCCCCUUUCAGCCAACCAGGUGGUCUUCGCCCUCUUCACUUCCAACUUCAUCGGCGUUUGCUUCAGCCGUUCCUUGCACUACCAGUUCUAUGUCUGGUACUUCCACACUCUGCCCUACUUGCUGUGGUCCACACCUGCCAAGAAGCUCGCUCACCUGCUCAGGGUGCUUAUCCUAGGUUUGAUCGAACUCUCGUGGAACACGUAUCCCUCGACAGUUUACAGCUCAGCCUCCCUCCACGUAUGUCAUGGCAUCAUCCUUCUGCAGCUCUGGUAUGGCACAACGUCCUCCCUUGCCCCUCCGGAAGAAAAACAGCCUUCGAAAAAGGCGGCGUGAGGACUGGACAAAAGCAGCCUCCCACAGUGAAAGCCAGAACCAGCUCAUCGGGGAUGGGGUUGCUUUAGGGCAGCUGCUCAUGGUCAGUUUCCAAUCUCUCCUGAACCUGUUACUCAGAUGCAGCCACGGCCUUUUGCCCCCACAAAGCCUCUUCCUCGAGCGGGGUGAGAAAGUGUGUGGUCCACGUACCUGCCAGCAGCAGUGGUGGAGCACUUUUAAUAAAGCAGCCAGGGCCUGG